AAUAUGCGUCUUCUCAAAGCUAAGGCUGACGGAGGCUUCAGCCUGACAACGUUUCCUAUUAACCCUCCCCGUUACGCCAUUCUCUCACAUACUUGGGAAGCGGAUGAUCAGGAAGUCAAACUCAACGACAUAGAAAACCGCAAAGGAACUCACAAAACUGGCUAUAAGAAGAUCGAGUUUUGCGCGAGACAAGCUCAACAUGACAAUAUAGAAUACUUCUGGGUCGACAGUUGUUGUAUCGACCAAUCCAGCAGCGCUGAGUUGUCGACUGCAAUUAACUCGAUGUAUCGCUGGUAUCAGAAUUCAGCCAAAUGCUACAUUUACAUGGCAGAUGUCUCGGCAAACUCCUCUUCAGAAUGGGAAUCGUGCUUUCUUGGUAGCCGAUGGUUCACCCGAGGAUGGACACUCCAGGAACUUAUUGCUCCUAGGUCGACAGAAUUCUUCUCUGAAGAAGGCAUGUAUCUAGGCAACAAAGAGCAACUCGAAGACCUCAUUCAAGAGGCUACGGGUAUCUCUAAUCAGGUUCUUCAAGGAUAUCCACCAGCCCAAACUAGUAUCGAGGAGCGUUUGUCAUGGAUAGCGAAUCGCAAUACAAAGUUCGGUGAGGAUAUAGUGUAUUCUGUUCUUGGCUUCUUCGGCAUACAUAUGCUUCCAAUGUACGGUGAGAGAGCUGUACAUGCAUUCCGGCGGCUCGGUCAGGAGAUCGAGAAGACUAUAACCAUUACUCAGCCACGUAGGUCUACAUAUCGGAACCUCAAAGUACCGAAGGCUGAUACUUUGGGGUAG